AUGUUUCAAGGCUUCUACAUAUGUUUUGAUGCAAUGAAGAAGUCCUUCUUGGCUGGUUGUAGGAGGUGCAUUGGUUUGGAUGGUUGUUUUCUAAAGGGAGUUUCUAAAGGUCAAUUAUUGGUUGCUGUUUGUAAAGAUGGGAACAGUCAAAUGCUACCACUGGCUUGGGCAGUAGUUGAAGUUGAAAAUAAGUUUACUUGGGCAUGGUUUGUCAAACUUCUAAAGGAAGAUCUUCAGUUGGGAGAUGGUACAGACCUCACAAUUAUAUCAGAUAUGCAAAAGGGUCUUGAAAUUGCCAUAACUGAUCAUUUGCCAAAUGUUAAGCAUAGAAUGUGUGCUAGACACAUCCUUGCUAACUGGUCAAAGAGAUGGAGAGGUCUUGAGAGAAAGAAAUGUUUCUGGAGGUGUGCAAGGUCUACUGUUGAGGCUGAGUUAAAAGAUAACAUUAGUUAUAUGAAAAGGUUGGGCAAUAAUAAAGUUGAUCACUUGUUGUAUUAUAAUCCUGAAAGAUGGAGCAAGCUUUACUUCAAUUUUACCUCAAAAUGUGAUGUUGUAGACAAUAACAUGGCUGAAUGUUUCAAUUCAUGGAUAUUAGCAGCAAGGCAUAAGACUAUAAUUACAAUGCUUGAAGAAAUUAGGGUGAAAAUGAUGAAAAGAAUAGGGCAGAUGAGAGAGUUUUGCAAUACUUGGAUAUGCGACAUUUCUCCAAUGACAAUGAAGGUUCUACAAGAUAACACAUCUAAGUGUAUGAAAUGCAGCAUUGAAUGGAAUUCGGAUACAGGGUAUGAGAGCAUGGAUGUUGAAAGGCAUACCAUGUCCUCAUGCAGUAACUGCUCUUCACCAUAG